AUGACUUUGAUUGAAAAUAACAUCCAAAUGAUAAUCAGCCCGAGCGAGCCACCAGACCGACGUUCCUUUUUCACGCCGAUUGUUUCAGUCGUGUUUGGAAGUCCACCGGAAAGACAUCGUCUCUCAGCGAGUGAACAUAGUUACUGUAGCUGGCAAGUCAUGCUGCAUCAUCAACGAUCCAUGUUGCUAGUGGCCGUUCUGUUUAGUGUGCUUCUGGUGUUUGGUCCGAUAAUAAGGCCUGUUGCCGCCGAAAAGGAGGCUAGCGAGGGAUUUUUCGCCCAACUAUGGGAUUCUAUCUUUGGAUCGAAGUCAAACGAGACUUGCAAGAAUUGCACAGUAUCUACGGUUCCCACAGACAAGAAUGAUUCCAGUGUUCCAGAACUAAUAAGCGAAACAUCAGUUCGCCUAAACGUAUCGACUAGCACAGAAACGACCACUACUUUGCUUACAAUGGAUUCUGUUGCGACACAUCCGAAGGGGACAUUACUCGCAGAUGACAAAAUCGUCUCUGCAUCUGCUGGGAAUGGUGAGAAUGUAUCGAACACGACUAUCACUAGUACAACUGCUAUGUCCAAGGAAAGCAAUAGUACUGCUAUAGAUUCAAAACUAUCCGAUUCUGCGACAGAGAAAAGUGCCACCUCGAUUGCAACAUCGACGAUUGCAACUCAAUCCCCCAAAACAGGCAUAUAAGAUUUGCAAUAGUUAGUUGAGUUAGGCUUUUCUGAUAAUCGUUCGACGAACUUUUUUUGUUUAAAAAUAAAGAAUAGCUGCCUACGAUGAUAAGAACUGUCUAUCUGUUGAAUCUCCUAACAUAUGCUUUAGAGAAAAAUGGAAAUGAAACCCAAUAAACUGGAUCUGUAAAGAAAA